AUGGAUCGAAAUAUUUUUUCAAAAUUCCAACUCCAUCUUGUUAUGUAUAAUCUAUCGUCAAAAUACCUCGAUGCAAAUUUUGAGAAUAACUUUGAAGAGAUAAAUAGCUUAGCAACUGAAGAAAGAAAAGAAACUAUUGUCAUUGGGGACCUAAACUGCAAUUAUCUAAACAAUGGAGACCACAAAUCAAUAAAGCGUAUCCUCCAACUUCAUGGUUUUAAACAAAUUAUCAAACAACCCACGAGAAUUACACCGAGAUCAAGAUCUUUAAUUGAUAUUAUAUGCACCACACAUGAAAGCAGGAUUCCUGAGCACAUAGUAAUCGCAAAUUCCAUCAGUGACCAUGAUCUCACCGGCAUAACAAGAAAAAUGAAUUGUCUUAAAUUCAAACCACGAAAGAUAAACAUAAGAUCUAGGGCCAAUUAUAAUGUUAGUCAAUUUAAAUCUGACUUGCGCAAAAUCCCAUGGGAAACCCUAAUUAAUGAAAAUGACGUUCAAGCUAGCUGGGACUUAUUCAAACAAACCUUGACGACUAUAAUAAAUCGACAUGCCCCUUUGAUAGAAAAGAAAGUAAAAGGCCGUGAUUGCCCUUGGUUAACCCAUGAAAUAAAAGAGAAAAUGAAUGAGCGAGAUCACUUGUUGAAAAAAGCCAGAAAGAGUGGGAAAGAAUGUGACUGGUGUAAUUAUCGCAAAGCACGAAAUAGUGUCACAAAAUGUAUUCGCCAGCAUAAAGCAAAUUAUAAUCGCUCAGUCUUUCGUGAGAACGUUAACAGACCAAAACAGUUCUGGGAUCAAAUAAAGAAAUGCUACCCAACACGAAAUAAGGGGGAAACCCCAAACAAGCUGUUUGACGUUGAAGGAAAACUCAUAUCCGAUAGCUAUCUGAUCGCUUGUGCUUUUUGCAACUUUCUUACUGGAAUUGGUACAUCCAUUCAACAAUGCUAUGUCACAUUAACAGAGAAACAUUGGCAAUUCCACAGCUAUAAAAAAUUGCAAGAUCUCAUAGACCCACAUCAUUGCGUUUUUAAAUUUAAGGAAGUGACUAAAAGGGAUAUACUGUCUAUUAUAAAAACGUUGAGAUCAUCCACAGCCCCAGGAUACGAUAAUAUCCCGAUAUCCUUUAUUAAAGACGGUGCCCAAGAAUUAUCCACCCCACUUGUGCUUUUGAUAAACUUAUGCUUACGACAGUCAAUUUUCCCAGAUGUAGAGAAAUUGGCAAAUGUUACACCAAUUUUUAAGUCGGGAGACCGAUCAUCAAUGGAUAACUAUAGACCAAUUUCCGUCUUGCCUGUAUUAGCAAAGAUUAUUGAACGUGUUGUUCACAGACAGCCAUCUAUCUAUCUGGAAGAAAACUGUCUGCUUUCCCCUAACCAAUUUGGAUUUCGUAAAGGUCGAUCGACUCAACAGGCAGUUACCUAUUUCUCGGACCAUAUAAGGGAUUGUAUGGACAAAGGUGAAUACUGUGGCGCUGUCUUUAUCGAUCUGAAGAAAGCAUUCGACACGGUGGAUCAUGGUCGUUUACUGUCCAAAUUAUCUCACUACGGUAUUAAAGAUAAAGAACUAACAUGGUUUGAGAACUAUUUAUUUGGAAGGCGUCAACGUGUAAUCUACGAUGGCGCACAAUCUGACAGCCAACCUGUCGUCUGUGGUGUGCCACAGGGUUCCAUCUUAGGACCUAUGCUGUUCAUCUUAUUGAUUAAUGACAUCGAUCACCAAUAG